AUGGGACUAGUCCAUGACAUCGUGGAGCAAGAGGCCAAAUACACUUAUUCAAAUCUGUGUAGUGAAGAGGACCCUCCCCAGAGUGUGGCGAUAUGUCCCCAGCGGCGAUGUGUGGCCUUUGGGUGUCAAGGCGGAAUCGAGCUUCACUGGGUUGAUGCACUUACUGGCCAGGACUUGAAUCGGUGGUUUCCAUUGACGGCACCCACCGACUUCCUCUACUUCCUUCCGCCGCGACAUGGGAUCGACUCCACAAAGAAACUCAGAUUGAUAUCCAGUGCUGCCCAUCCGGAGGAGAUCAAUCCACUCGCUAGGCGGUUUGGAGUCCAUAGGACUUCGAUUGCAUACUGGGGGACAACUUGGGAGCCGAGGAUCGGACAGAGCGACCAUUUUCAGGCGGUGCCGCUGAGUGAUGGGUAUCAUAUCCUGUUCACCGAUCCCGUGACUGGAUCUUUAUGUCUAGGUAGUGAUGCACCAUCAGGAGGUCCGACCAAGUUGUUGAGGAAAAUAUGGCUCAUUCCGCCCGAGUGGCCCGACGAAGGCAAACAAGAAGCGGAUUUUGAAGCAUCCGAGGAGGAUGAGGAAGGUGAACAGGGCCUUGCAACAUUAUUGGACAACUUGGACUGUGAACCCGAGCAGGUCCGGGCCAGUGUCUACGCCUCUGGUGCAGACCUCCGAUACGGCGUGCGUAUUGCUGCCGGCUACAACGACCGCGUGAUAUUCUUCUCCGUUUCGCCCGAUGUAUUCCAUAGCAUGGCCGAUAGAAGCGCCAAUAGGGGCGGAGGGGUGGCAAGUAGAGACCUCAACGAUCAGUCUGGGAAUUCCGUCGUCGUCUUUGGAUGCUACAUUGGUACUGUUCCGGGUCUGGUUGACCUUGCGGUGGACAGUGGGCCCUCGAUAACAGUCUAUGCGUUUUCUUCCCGGGGCACGGUGGAUGUCUAUGGACUGGGGCCAGUGAUUGGUGAACAGGGCUUGAAAAGGAGAACUUCUGGUGUUGAAGCCGCGUUCCCUCGGGCGAGGACAUCCAUAAGUGAAUUGAUGCCCGAUCACGGACACUCAAGUGAUGAUGGGCUGGGUUAUCAUGGGGGUGAUGGGAGUUUGAGCGAGAUAUGGGAUGAGAAGCAGCCCUGGGUGAGUAGGGAUGGAUUGGAGUGUGAAGUUGUCGUGUAA